UCGUGUCAGUUAAACAUUUUUGUGUCCACGUAACGCUGACUGCUCCGCCUACUUUUACGUGCAUUUUAAAGAGGUAACGUGCCAACGCGUACUCAUCAACUUGAGAUAAACGGGUGUAUUCAUGCAGAAAUCUUUGCAGAAUCGGGGAAAUAUGCAGCUGCUCUUUUUGGGAACACUUGCCCUGUUUGUUGGGGUCACAGUUACAGUGCCUGCACAGGAGAAGCGUGUACACCGUCAGUCUGACCUCAGUGACCACGCUCACGAUGAUUCUCAUGGUUUCCAGUAUGACCACGAGGCCUUUCUGGGCAAAGAAGAAGCCAAGACCUUUGACCAGCUGAGCCCUGAGGAAAGCAAAGAGAGACUGGGAAAGAUUGUGGAUCGUAUCGAUACAGAUAAAGAUGGUUUCGUCAGCCAUGCGGAGCUCCACCACUGGAUUAAACACAGACAGAGGAGAUACAUCGAGGAGAACGUGGACAAGCACUGGAAAGACUACGACCAGAACAAGGAUGGGAAGAUUGCAUGGGCUGAGUAUAAGAACACAACUUAUGGAUUUUACAUGGAUGAAGAGUUUGAUGAUAUUGAUGAUAAGAUGAGUUACAAAUCCAUGCUCACAAGAGAUGAGAGGAGAUUUAAAAAUGCAGACCGGGAUGGGGAUGGCCUCGCUACCAGAGAAGAGUUUACUGCAUUCCUUCAUCCAGAGGAGUUUGACUACAUGAAAGAUGUUGUCAUACAGGAAACAAUUGAGGACAUUGACAAGAAUGGUGACAAGAAAAUUAAUCUACAGGAAUACAUUGGGGAUAUGUAUACACCUGAGGAUGGGGAGAAUGAACCAGAAUGGGUUGUAACAGAAAAGAAACAUUUUUCAGAGUUCAGAGAUCUCAACAAGGAUGGUUUUCUUGAUGCCAGUGAAGUAGCUCAUUGGAUCCUGCCAGGAGAGGUGGACCAUGCAGAUAAUGAGGCCAAACAUCUCAUUCACGAAACUGAUAAAGAUCAUGAUGACAAAAUCACCAAAAAGGAGAUUCUGGCAAACUGGAACAUGUUUGUUGGGAGCCAAGCGACUAAUUACGGAGAGGAUCUCACCAAAAGACACGAUGAGCUUUAAUAAUGUCACACAUGGGUCUUGGUGAGGGAAAUCAGGGGCGGUAUAUUUUUGGUAUGAGAUGUUUAGGAUAUAGGGCAAGGAGGAAUAUGAAAAAGUUGUAUUAUCAUGUUGGGUUGAAACAAUUCUACAGUCAAGUCAGGGGUUAGGCUUCUUGGUUAUAAGAACUGAAGAAAUGGAGAAAAAAACUAAAGGUCAAGGCAGACAGUGUAAUUUAUUGUCAAACAUUUCAUCCAUUUAAGAUUUUUGGGGCAACCAAAUCUGAUAAAAAUAUACUUUACACACAAAAUAUAAUGAACACUCCAUUUCACUUAUGUUAUACAAAGCUGUAGAGCUCUAGGAUGCUCAGGAACUCAGCACUGAAUAGUGGGCCAGUUGCAGAUAAACUCACUGUAACAGGCCUGGUUUGACUGUUACAAACAUUUUAUUACAUUAGUGAUCUGUGAUCUGUGAUUUCACAUUUUACAUGAAACAAUCCAUGUAGUGUAAGGGGUAGGAGGAGACAAAAGUGAUUGACACUUUAUUGCUGAAACAUUUUUCUCUCUGUGAAUUCUAAAUAAAGCCAUGUUGGUUUUUGGUUAA